CAUAAACUCCUAUACUAGAGCAACAUGAUGUGGAAAACGGCUGGUCCUUCAGAGUACUUAGCCAUCACAGGGUGGGGCAUCCCUGACAUAAAGCUAGCCAAGAAGGAAUGGAUAUUUCCAGGGCAGAAGUGCACCAAGUUCGACGUGUCUCCUGUCAACUACACCUUCGAAGUUCAAGCCAUGUCUGCUGAGAAACUCCCUUUCAUUCUCCCAGCAGUCUUCACAAUCGGCCCUCGUGUCACUGACAUGGACAGCCUCCUCCUCUACGCAAAGCUCAUUUCUCCACAUGACAAGCUCUCCAACCACGUCAAAGAACUUGUUCAAGGUGUCAUUGAGGGAGAGACUCGUGUGCUUGCUGCCUCUAUGACCAUGGAACAGGUAUUUAAGGGUACCAAGGAGUUCAAGAAAGAAGUUUUCGAACAAGUUCAACUUGAACUGGAUCAGUUUGGCCUUCUCAUCUACAAUGCUAAUGUCAAACAACUUGUGGAUGUGCCUGGCCAUGAGUAUUUCUCAUACCUUGGCCAGAAAACCCAGAUGGAAGCUGCCAAUCAAGCUAAGAUUGAUGUUGCUGAGGCUAAGAAGAAGGGUGAGAUCGGAGCAAAGGAGAGGGAAGGCCAAACCUCACAAAAUGCUGCCAAAAUUAAUGCAGAGACCAAGAUGAUAAUGACUCAAAGGCAAGGAGAGGCCCAGAAGGAAGAAAUUAGGGUUCAGACUGAAGUGGAACUGUUUAAGAACAGGAAAGAAGCUGAGUUGGCCGAGUACAAGGCUGAGCUGGCCACGAAAAAUGCCGGGUGGUCUCAGGCGUCUCAGCUUGCAGAGGUGGAAUCCACCAAGGCAGUGACCUUAAGGGAGGCUGAGUUGCAAACUGAGGUGGAGAAGAAGAAAGUAUUAACUCAGACUGAGAAACUCAGGGCCGAAUUACUAAGCAAGGCAGCUGUGGAGUAUGAGACUAAGGUGCAAGAGGCAAAUUGGGAGCUGUACAAGAAACAAAAAGCAGCAGAAGCAACCCUCUAUGAGAAGCAGAAAGCUGCUGAGGCAGAGAAGGCAAGUGCAGAUGCAAAGUUCUAUGCAUGCCAACAAGCUUCGAAUAGUGCGCUGUAUGCAAAGAAGAAAGAGGCUGAAGGAAUUACUGCACUCGCACAAGCUGAAGGCUUUUACUUGAACACCCUAUUGAAACAACUUGGAGGAAAUUACACUGCACUAAGGGACUACAUGAUGAUCAACAAGGAUAUGUACCAAGAAAUUGCCAGAAUUAAUGCACAGGCAGUGAAUGGAUUGCAGCCCAAGAUUACUGUUUGGUCUAAUGGAAAAGGUGGUGAAGAUGGUUCAAAUGGGGCAAUGAAGGAUGUUGCUGGGGUAUAUAGCAUGUUGCCACCAUUGCUAAAGACUGUGCAUGAGCAGACUGGGAUGCUACCACCUACUUGGCUUGGCACAUUGAGUGAUGUUACUCCUUAAUGUGUUUGGUUUUUUAAGUAUAGUACUAUUAAAAUAAUGCCAUGAUAAAAGUUACCUACUAAUGGUUGUUUAGUUUGACUUUAAUGUGGAGGGCAAGGCACAUUGGGUAAAUAUUUGGUAGUUUGCUCUAUAAUAUCAGUUUGUUUAAUACUAAUUUAAUUUAUGCUUAUUGG